CAUUACCGACAUCACGAACAGGGAUCAGCAGCUCCAGAAAGAGGAGGAAGAGAGAUCAGAAUCUGAAAACAUUACACUGGAUUGUGACAACAAUGGACAAGAGUUUAUCCAAUUAUGUUUGGUAUAUUUCUGUGUAUUACAAUCGAUGGUCACUAUCACGGAAGAUCUUUUAUGUACUUUUUAUUAUCCAGUAUUUUUAUUAUCCUAUCCUGGCUAUUGUUGGUGUCCCUGUUAACGUAGUGACGGUCUAUGUCCUGCUAAAUAAAGAUUGUGGAUUGUCUCCAUGUGUCAGACGUUACCUGGGGGCCAUGGCAGUGGCGGAUCUACUGGUCAUUAUCCUCGACCUGAUAUUGAGACACAUUCCCAUUGUUUAUCGGGAAGAGUUUGAUUUCCUGCGGUACAUCCCCGUGUGUAAUAUCCACGCCGUCCUGCUUUAUGCAGCCACUGACUGUUCUGUCUGGUUCACUGUCUCUUUCACCUUUGAUCGAUUUGUGGCCAUUUGUUGCCAGAAGCUGAAAAGUAAAUAUUGCAGUGAGAAAACGGCGGCUGUGGUUCUGGGAACAGUGACUGUGCUGAGCUGUUUAAAGAACAUGUUCUGGUAUUUUAUGCUCGGAGUUCGCUAUUGGAUGGGGAACAGCCCCUGGUUUUGUUAUGCAACUGUUGGUGUUGAAUUCUCUCGUGUCUGGGGCACAGUCGAGUUUCUCCACUACAUUUUAACCCCGGCUCUCCCAUUUCUCCUGAUUCUACCUCUGGUUUUUAGCGCAGUAUCCACAGAACUCUCUGCCCUGCACGUCCAGACCCUUUCUACCUACGAGGCAGUAUCCACAGAAUUCUCUGCCCUGCCCGUUCAGCCCCUCGCUACCUAUGAGGCAGUAUCCACAGGAUUCUGUGCCCUGCCCGUCCAGCCCCUCGCUACCUAUGAAGCAGUAUCCACAGGAUUCUGUGCCCUGCCCGUUCAGCCCCUCGCUACCUAUGAGGCAGUAUCCACAGGAUUCUCUGCCCUACCCAUGCAGCCCCUCGCUACCUCCGAGGUGGUAUCCAGAGAACUCUCUGCCCUGCCCAUCCAGCCCCUCGUUACCUACGAGGCAGUAUCAGCAGAAUUCUCUGCCCUGCCCGUGCAGCCCCUCGGUUCCUACGAGGCGGUAUCCACAGGUACUUACUUACACCAUGUGGAAUUUUACUUCAACUGA